UUGCUCAACAGGUGGCACUGCUAACUGCGCUUUUCAGUUGCUACUUACUACUCUUAGAAGCGACUUGUCACGGAAAUCGCAGAAAGCAGUACGGAAUUCGGCCAACAGAUUGCUCACGGCGUUGAAUGUGAAAUGCUACUUGCGACUGCUAACUGUGACUGAAAUCGCAGUUAGAUUUUGUAGUAAAGUUUUUAUUGUGAUAUCUGUGACUUCUCAAUCACUGUGAUUUCUAACAGAUAUGCGAUUUCCUGCCCACCACUACUCGUCACAAAAGAAGAGAAAAUGCGGCGCCUGGUUAGCUCCGUGGAUUCUGUUGUUGAUAGGCUCAUUAUCAACGUAGCAGGUGACCCUUCCCGAACUGAAAUGUAUCAUUCAGAUUCAGAUAAGGAAGGAAGGAGCUAAGAGAUUACCAGAUAAAUGAUUGUAAUUAAUACCUUCAAUUGCUUCAGCAUCCAACGGUGUGGUGAAAUCCCUGCAGUAUGUUUUUGCUUUGGACUCGCACAGAAAAAUUGCCCUGUGUUUAAGUUAGAAAUUUUCAUCACUUUUGAUUGUAAUUAGAAUACUAUAUCACGUGUGAACAAGUGCAUUUUAGGCUUUCCGUCUGGUCACCCAAGAAGCGCACUGUAGUGCUGGAGUUUCUCCGAAAAUGACAUUCGAAGCCAUAUUGUUUCUUUGCUCCUCUCCUUUACGUCUGAACUGCAACUGCUCACUCACAUCAUUGCAGAAUGGAAUUACCACAGUACCACUCCCCGUAUCACAGUAUAUGGAGGAAGAGUUGGAGGUGGAAGUAGAGCCUCUACCUCAUUCACAACAUUAUGAAACCUCCACUGUCCCAUCUACUAGUGAUGGAGGGUCACCAGAAGUUUUGCUUUCAAAAAGUAAACAGAGUAGACCAAAUAGUAAAAGGAGGGGUACUGAAAUUGAUUCUGUUCUGGGAGUUAUUAUGGAACAUUUCCAAAGACAAAAACAAAAGAAAGAUGAAGACUGCCCUGAAGUUUUUGGGAAAUCGGUUGCUGCUAAAAUGAGAGACAUAUUGGACUACAAACAAAGACUGGUUGCAGAAAAAAUUAUGAAUUAUACGCUAUUCAUACCUGAAAUGGGUCAGUUGAAGCCCACCCACACAAUUUGUGAUAUGAGUGCAGACUCCACUCUGCUGUACAGCAAGUACUGUAUAGCAGUGGGCAGGAGCAGUUCAGAGUCACUUGCAUAAUUUGUCAGUA